AUGUCAAGCGAAAACCGCAGUGGUCAUGGUGGCCUCGCGUCAAUCGACCUCCAGGUGAUUUACAUGGGAGGUCAAGGGCUACAGCUGACCGUGCCUCCUUGGACCCCUGGCCGUUCGGUAUGGAAGAUGGUUUCGGAGCAAGUGGACAAGCCUGGAAGUCGUCUCGUGCUGCACCACGUUGCACCACUGUGCCUGGAUCAAACCUUGGAGCAGCAGGGUAUUACAAGCAACUGCUGCCUCUCGUGUACUUUUGUGCCCACGGACUUGAUUGUUGCAAUGCGUUUCGUUCUGGGGCAUACGCAAGAGGAAUUUGCAUUGGAGGGAGUGACAAGAUUGGAAGUGGAAGGCUGCCCACCGCCUGGAGACUAUUCAUGUCACUUGCCUCAAAGUCUUCGAAGCUUGACCUUUAAUUUUGAUGGCUUCUUUGACCAGGACCUCGAAAGAGUCACGUUGCCAAGCCGGCUUGAAAGCUUGACAUUCGGGGGCGCAUUCAACCAGAGCUUGCAGGGAGUGAGCUUGCCAGACGGGCUACGAAACCUGACUUUCGGUGACUACUUCGACCAGAGCCUCGAGGGGGUCACGUUGCCACGUCGUCUUCAAAACUUGACAUUUGGGAGUGCAUUCAACCAGAGCCUGCAGGAAGUUAAUUUGCCAGACGGCCUUCAAGAGUUGACUUUCGGUCAUAGCUGCCACUUCAACCAAACCCUGGAAGGAGUCAUGUUCCCGAGCAGUCUUCAAAAGAUUACUUUUGGUGACAGUUUCAACCAAAGCCUCGCAGGAGUCAUACUGCCCAGCGGUCUUCAAAGCUUGACGUUCGGGAGGGCCUUCAACCAGAGCUUGCAGGGAGUGAAUUUUCCAGACGGUCUUCAAGAGUUGACUUUCGGGCAUGAAUUCAACCAAGGCAUGGAGGAAGUGAUCUUACCACAGAGUCUUCAAAGCCUGACAGAGAAUUUCUACUGGUCUUGGGAUCUCUCAGAGAUCUCAGAGAUCCUGCCACACGGCCUUCGAAGCUUGACGUUCGGUCCAUACUUCAACCAGAGCCUGGAUGGUGCAAGCCUGCCUGAUGGCCUCGAAAGUUUGACUUUUGGGUUUUCAUAUGACCAUGCCCUGACCGGAACCUUGCCAAGGGGCCUUCAACAUUUGACUUUCGGUGUCCGUUUCAACCAACCCCUGGAAAGGACGAUCUGGCCCGUGGGUCUUCAAAGCUUGACUUUCGGUCACGCGUUUAAUCAAAGCCUGCAAGGAGUGACAUUGCCAGAGGGUCUUCGAAACUUGGUUUUUGGUCUUGAUUUCAAUCAGGGCCUUGAGGGAGUCACAUUGCCAAGCUGUCUUCAAAGCUUGACAUUCGGGUCCGCAUUUAACCAGAGCUUGCAGGGAGUGAGCUUGCCAGAUGGGCUACGAAACCUGACUUUCGGUCUCAACUUUGACCAAAGCCUUGAGGGAGUCAGGUUGCCAAGCUGUCUUCAAAGCUUGACUUUGGGCGAAGGUUUUAACCAGAGCCUGCAAGGAGUGAACUUGCCAGAUGGGCUACAAGACCUGACUGUCGGUCCUUACGGCUCCAACUUCAACCAAAGCCUAGAAGGAGUCGUGUGGCCGAGCAGUCUUCAACAGCUGAUUCUCGGGAGUGAGUUCGACCAAAGUGAGGGUGUCAUGUUGCCUAGCUGCCUUCAAUGCUUGUGCGUUGGUGACUUUUUCAAUCAGAGCCUGCGGAGAGAUAUCUUGCCGAGCGGCCUCCGCCGCUUACACUUCGGUCUUGCUUUCGAUCAAAGCUUGGAGGGAGUGGUUUUGCCGAGAGGCCUUCAAGAGCUGGGUUUCGGACAGGAUUUUCAGCAAGGACUGCAAGGAGUGGAUCUGCCAAAUUUACAAUGUCUCUGUGUCUAUAAUGACGGGAAUCUUCGAGGCGUGAACUUGCCUGGCUUGCGAAGUUUGACUGUCAUUGAUGACUGUGUUUAUGCGAUUACAAUCUCAACGAACCCAUGA